CAGAGAGAACAGGAAGUUAUUCAUUAAUAACCUCUCCUCGGCUCGGUUCAGCUCUCUCACCCUGUUCUCUCUUUAGUUUAGUGGUUUAAUCUCAGUCUGAAUAUAUAGUUUAAUGGCAGAAGCUUUACCUGAGAGCAUUCUUCCUCCACAAUGAGUCUGCUUCGACUAGUUUGGGUCUUAUUGUUUCUGUUUGUGUCGGUGACGUCUGCUCUGACGGUUCUAUCAUCAUCAAAGCCUCUCACCUGCCCACAACAGUCUCAGGGUUUGGGCUGCAGCGUCUCCACAAGUAACUGUAUGGACAGUAACUGGCUGGAUGUGAAUGAGUACACUCCCAGCAGUCCAGAGGGGCUGCAGGUGUCUGUGGACACCAGGCGGGACGAGACGGGACACCUGCACCCUGUUCUGGUCGCUAACUGGAGGAUAAAGGACGAAGGCAGUAUCCGCUCCCUGACAGCCACCGAGCUUCAUGUUCUGGUGACGUCCACCAACCAGAACAUGUGCGUCCGAUAUUCGUUCAAAGCCAAUCUCCCGAUGAGAAGUCCAUCAGGGGAAAAGUGGUCGUUCUCGGCUAACAUGCUGGUGGUGGAGCCGGGUCAGAUGUACCGGGUCUCUGUCUUCAACAUCCCCAAACCAGAGCUGGGCCACAGCAACUAUGACGUCAGCACCGACCUCACCGUUCCUGAUUGUCCAGAUCCCAAAAUGCAGAUGACCCAGUUCUGCAUCGAGAGAGGAAGUCUGUGGCAGCCCAACAUCAGUCUGGCUCAGAUUGGAAGAUCAGCGCUGGCUGUCAGCUUCACUCCCGACGCCCUCUGUGACGAGUACCUGGUCAUCGUCAGCUGCUCGGCCAUCAGACACGUAGACCCGACGUACAAGGCUAACCGGACGACCCUGAACGCAUCAUUCAGCCUGGAUAAAUGGCCGAGAUCUUGCUGCCUGUUUGACGCCGAGAUCAAACCUCUUUUCCCUCAAUGUGGACAGGACUGCACCCGUCGGAAGAAGACUCUGGAUAUCUGUGCUGCUCCGGUGGAAGAAAAGCGAACCGAUGCCCCCGACGUCCCCGUGUACACAUUCGUCGUCCUGGGAGUGGCGUUUACGUGCGUCGUGAUGUCACUUACUAUGUACAUCCUCUGCCGGAAGCCAGGUAAACCCGGAGCUCCUGAAGCGCCUGUGAAAGGUGACGUAGCGUGGAAGCAGCAGCUUAAACAACCCCCCAAAGUGCUGGUGAUCUACUCCCAGGACCACCACCUCUACCGGGACGUGGUGCUGAAGCUCUGCGCCUUCCUCCAGGCCAAGUGUGGCACCGAGGUGCUGGUGGACCUGUUGGACUCCGCCUCGGUCGGCAUGGUGGGGCGCCUCCGCUGGCUCGAGUGGCAACGACAAGAGCUCAAAAACCCGUCCGACAAAAUCCUGGUGCUGUGCUCGCAGGGCGUCCAGGCCAAGUGGAGGGCCAUGUGCGGUCAAGGUCGGGUGACCCUGAGGGAGGACGUGCUCUCUCCGACCGACGACAUGCUCACUCCCUUCCUCAACCUCUUCCUGCCGGACAUGCACCAGGCGGGCAUGCGGGGCAAGUACAUGGUGGCUUACUUCGAUGACAUCUGCAGGGAGCGAGACGUGCCGUCGGUUUUUGACAUCGGGGUCAAAUACAAGCUGAUGAAGCAUUUCGAAGAGCUGUACUUCCGCAUCCUGGACAUGGAGAAGUACCAGCUGGGUCAGGUCAACCACAUCAAGGGCAUCGGCGGGGACGAAUACUUCGACUGUCCCUCGGGUAGAGCCCUGAAGAACGCCAUAGAAACCUUUCAGGCCCACCAGUUGGACAAUCCUGACUGGUUUGAGAGGGAGUGUGUGGACAGCGAGGAGGAGGUCCGGGCGGAGGCGAACCUGCUCAUCGACCAGCUGCACAUCCCUCCGGUCCUGGAGUGGGUUCCUCUAAUCCGAGACGGCCGUCCCGUCUACGUCAACGAGGUCGAAAUCAACGAAAACGACGACAGCGUUCAUGUCCUGACACCUGAACUGAACCCGGAGAGCCAGCUGUCAUCGGUGGCAGAACUCACGCCGCUGGUGAACCCCGAGGGCAGACGUCCGUAUCUGUCAGACCUGGACGAGGUGUGGACGGAUCACGUGUAUCCUCACAGCCCCAGACCAGAAUCCGUCUACAUGGUUGAGCCCGUUUUGAACAACGUGCCGCCACCGAGACAGAACUGGCUCUCCGUCCAGGCAGAACCCUUCGGUCAAACUCCCACCGAGGACGAGGAAGAGGAUUCCCUGCUCCCUAUGAGCCAACCCUCCGCUCGUUGGGACCCGAGAAUCCCGGCGCUGCACGACUCUCUGGAUUCAAACCCUCGAGAACCCUCGUGUGCCGGCAUGCAGAGUGAAUACUUCCCUCCGUCUGAAAUGGGCCGGUCUCAGCCUGUAGAGAUGGAGGAGGAAGAGGAGGAGGAGGAGGAGGAGGAGGUUCUGGAGCCCGGUGGAAAGGGUCCAAGCAGCGGAUCUGAUCAAGGCUACAUCUCCAAGAUGUCCUCCCAGAAUGAAGCCCCUUUCACAGAGGAUCCUCUGGCGGCUCUGAGGAGACUGCAGGAGCAGCUCUUUCUGGAUACUCUGACGUAGAGUAUCGCAGUCCAAAGUACUGAACCUCCACUCUUUAACCCACCGGUGUAGGAGGGUGUAAGAGCUCCAAACACACUUCUGUGUGGGGUUUAUAUGUUACAUAUCCAAUGUGUGUUGAUGAUUCUUCUGAAUAUAAUAAUCCAUAUGUUAUUAAUAUGUUGUUUGAUCAAAUCAGACGAAGAUGAUAAAGCCUUCAUAGAACAAAGAAGUAGACACAGUGACUGUACGUGUGAAUGUGUGUGUAUUCGGUGAACAAGGGUUGUUUGAAUGUGCCGUGUAUGACUAUAUCAGCCUUCUCUCAGCUGCGUCACCGUCUCCGACGGCGUGAAACGGAUUCAAGAGGAAGU